AUGCUUCGGUUGGGUUCAAGCGUGGGGAGACCCCUAAGUAAACAAAUAAUCACCAAGACAUAUGAUCGAUCACAAUUUCAAAAAAUGACGGGGUCAAAUCGUGGGUUUGCCACAUUUCAGGCCGUUGCAGACACAUUUACGACAGUACACGAAGUCAGUGGGAUACCAUGGUUAGUUCUAAUACCGACAACUACAUUUGUUUUAAGAACUGUCUUUACACUUCCAUUUAGUAUAUGGCAACGUAAGAGGAUAGUAAAACAACAAGAACUAAGGAAAGUUAUACAAUCGAUGACACCAAUCAUAAAAUUACGUUUGGCAGCUGCAAAAGCUAGCGAGACGAAACCUGUAAAUAAAAAUGUAACAAUUACAUCGAGGACAACAAUGACUGAUGAAACGAAAAUUCCAAAUGCAAUUCAACAAGAGACCACCAGGCAGUUAACUCCGGAACAGAUCGUAGUAAUAGCGGCAAAAGAAACACGUAAGAGGCAAAAAACAAUCUUUAAGAAGCAUGGAGUACAAAUGUGGAAAAAUAUGUUGUUACCUGUUGUUCAAAUUCCCUUAUGGUGUACAGUUUCAAUGGGUAUUAGAAAAUUAACAGAGUGGAAAAUCGAAGGCUCUACACAUGCAUGGUUUGAAAGUUUCAAAUUCCAUGAAAUAGAUCUUACUGGUCCACUCGAUAUAUAUCCUAUGAUUAUACCGAUAACGUUAGGUAUUGUAUCGUUAUUAAAUAUUGAAUAUAAUGGUAAAAUGUUAUUGAGAAAAACUACAGAUGUAGUCGGGCUAGAAACAUAUAAAGAUGACAAUUCAAGAUUAACGCAAGGUAUUAAGAGUGUGUUGAAUGUUUCCAGAAUCGGGUCUGUUUUUAUGAUGGGUGUAUCAUCGCAAGCUUCAAUUCUAUUAUCAUUAUAUUGGAUCAGUUCCAAUUUAUAUUCUUUAUUACAGAAUAUUGUAUUAGAUUUUUUAUGGCCAUAUCAAAAGUAA